UUUAUGGAAACCACAACAAAACAAGCAAAUCCGAUCCGAUUCAAACCACGCUUUUUUCUCUUUGUGGAGAUCUCUAGGGUUUUUAUAUUUAUUUUAAAGUUAUUUUAUUUAUAACAUCUAUUUUUCUUGAAGUGUCACAAUUUUUCCUUAAUAUGUCUACUCGGGAAAUAGUUACCUUGCAGUUUGGUCACUACAGUAAUUUUGUCGGUGCUCACUUUUGGAAUAUUCAGGAAUUAAGUUUUGAUUACACUGGCACAGUAAAGACUGAAGUGAACCAUGAUAUUCUGUAUCGCGAAGGACAAACUGCAAAAGGCGAGGUUACUUACACCCCAAGAUUAUUACUUGCGGACUUAAAGGGUUCUCUGAAAUCUUUACCAGCAACAGGCAGUUUGCCUUCUGAUCAAGAAGAAAUUGAUGCUCUUUGGGAAAAUAUAGAGAAAGUAGAAGAGCCACCUGCUGAAAAGAAUCAGUAUCUGGUGGAUAUUGAUUCCGAAAAUGCAUCAACCUCUGCAGCAAAAUAUUAUAAUUUAGAUGAAGAUGUUAAAACAUGGACAGACUUUUUGUAUCCUCGUCUUCAUCCCAGAACUGUGAAUGUGGUGAAGGAAUUUAGACAUGGUGAUGACAAGGAAAGCUUCGACAUAUCAAAUACUGGCCGUUCAAUAUGGAAGUCUGAGUUUGGUGAUGACUUUAGUGAUAAUAUUCGCAGAUAUGUUGAGGAAUGUGAUAGUAUUCAAGGUUUCAAUGUCAGUUUUGAUAGUACUGAUGGAUUCUCUGGAUUAGCAUUAGGUUGUAUAGAACAUUUAGCAGAUGAAUAUUCCAAAUCAAUUCUGGCAUACCCAAUCAUUCCAUCAUAUUUUCCUGAUAAUAAUCCAACUACACAGGAAGAGAGGGAUAAAUCUAAUAUAAAAGAUUCAAUAAGACUAGUCAAUAUAGCAUUGACAAUACAAGAAUUAUCAGAGCAUGCCUCUUUCUUUGUGCCACUAUGUACUGGAGAAAAGGGGUGGCGCAAACCAGGAAACCCCAGGUCAUUUGAUUAUGUCAAAUAUAAUCCACAGUUCUACUAUCACUCUUCAGCUUUAUUGGCAUCAGCAAUGGACACACUGAGUCAAAAAUACAGACACAAAAGUAACUUUCAUACUUUAUCAGAUAUUUGUGCAGAUAUGACUGGUUAUGGCAGGAAAAUGGCAGCAGCUUCUUUAGGACUACCUUUCACAUUUGGGGAAUCUGAAUACUUGAUAGACCAUUUGAAUAAGACUACCAGGCCUAUAUUUUCAUCUAUCAGUCCAAGCUGCAAAAUUGCUACUGACAAAAUUUUUCAACUGAUCACAGUAAGGGGCAUUCCAGAGAGUUACCUGAAAGCACCUUUGAAAGAAGCCAAAGAACAAAUGAAUCUACCUGCAUAUAGAUGUAACAAUGUGAAAGAGAUGUUUCAGCUUUAUUUCCAAUCUAGUAAUUUUCUCUCAGCCACAAACAUUACAGUUUGUGAGAAGCCUUUAGAGUUGAAAACACCAUAUCCAAGGAUAUUCUCUGAAAGACUAAAUAGAUAUGGCUUUUUGAAAGAUGUUGAUAGACAAGAAGCAGUUGAGAGUUGUCCCACGAUAGCUGGAUAUCACAAUGGCAACUUCUUGGCAGAUGUACUGGAGAAGUUGCAUAGAGAAGUGAGUAGAAUAAAGUUCGCGAAACUGCACAAGUUCAAAGAAGAAGGGUUAGAGGCUGCUGAAUAUAUAGAAAGUUUAGACAAAUUGUCGGAAUUCAAGGAUAAUUAUGAAGAUGAGCUGGAAUUGUGAGAAUUUCUUUUAGGAAAGAUAUUAUUUGUACUGUAUCAAGGCAGGUUGGGCCAACGAGAACAGAAGUUGCAGUGUGAUAUGGUUUGCAGAAUAAAUGCAGAAUACCCAAAUAUAUAUAGGUAGUCAAUGAUGAAUUUAAUUAUAACAAGGAAGGGAGAAGUACAAUUUCCAAUGGUUUUAUAUUAAGUAAAUAAUAAACAAUGAUAAUAUUAAUAAAGUUUAUUGACGAUUUAGAUAAAAUAAACCAUUAUCUCACACUCA